ACGUCACCCAUGGGUGACGUUAUGUUUCUCUAAAUAGAUCGUAUUGUAAUCUUUGCUCAGUCCAACGUGGUUGCUGCUGCGAGGCUGCUUCUCGUUUUCUACGUUUGUUUGUUUUAUGAAACGCUGGCCAGAGUGAUGAACUCAGACCAGGAAAGGCCUUAUGUGUGUAACGCUCCUGGAUGCUCUCAGCGAUUCCCCACAGAGGACCAUCUGAUGAUACAUCGACACAAGCAUGAGAUGACACUUAAGUUCCCUUCUAUAAAGAAUGACAACAUGUUAUCAGACCAGACUCCCACACCAACACGGUUCUUGAAGAACUGCGAGGAGGUCGGACUGUUCAAUGAGCUGGACUGCUCCAUUGAGCAGGAGUUUUGCAAAGCCCAAGAAGAGGAGGACAGCAAACAGAACAUCUCCCUGCACGGCCAAGCAGGCCAAGGCCAGCACCAGCAGUCCCACUCACGGAUGGCCAGUCAUGACACCAGCAUAGUUAUCCAGCAAGCCCUGCCUUCUCCUCAGUCCAGCUCCGUCAUCACUCAGGCUCCCUCCACAAACAGACAGAUAGGACCUGUCCCUGGCUCUCUGUCUUCACUGCUGCACCUACGAAACAGACAGAGACAGCCUCUACCAGCCUCCAUGCCUGGAACUCUGCCAGACCCAACCAUGCCGGGCUCCUCUGCUGUGUUGAUGCCUAUGGAGAGGCAGAUGUCUAUGGGUUCGAAUAUGAUGGGCAUGCAGAGCCCCGCCCACAGCAGCUCCUGCUCCUCCACUCACAUUCCCUCCAUGCACUCAGAAGCCAAACUGAGGCUGAAGGCUGCACUUUCACACCACCACAGUGCCAUCACCAACGGCAACAUGAACUCCAUGGGCCACAUGAUGGAGAUGAUGCCAUCACGGCAGGACCAAAGCGGUCAUCAUCACAUGCACUCCCACCCGCACCAGCACCUGCAAGGCCCUCCCCAUGCCUACCAGCACCACGGACACCACCACCACAAUCAGGGCCACGGCCAGGGCGCACAUCACCAUCCGCAAGCUCACAAUCCCCACCAUAACUCCCACAACCCCCAUCUCCAUCCUGGGCACCCACACCAGACCUCUCCACACCCCGCAAUGCACUCUGCGUCCCAGAUGUCACCUGCAACCCAGCAGAUGCAGCCCACACAGACAUUGCAGAGUCCUCCCCCCAGUGGUGGGCGGCGCAGGCGAGUCGUGGACGAAGAUCCAGAUGAGCGACGGCGGAAGUUCUUGGAGCGAAACAGAGCGGCUGCGACGAGAUGCAGGCAAAAGAGAAAAGUUUGGGUGAUGUCGUUGGAGAAGAAAGCGGAGGAGCUCACUCAGACCAACAUGCAGCUUCAGAAUGAAGUGACAAUGCUGAAGAGUGAGGUGACCCAACUCAAGCAGCUUCUGCUCACACAUAAGGACUGCCCCAUCACAACUAUGCAGAAAGAGUCCCAAGGUUACCUCAGUCCAGAGAGCAGUCCAGCAGGCAGCCCAGCUCCAGCAUGCAAACAGCAGCAGCAGGUCAUCCAGCACAACACCAUAACAACCUCUACAACGACUGUAGGGGGCAGCAGUGUGCACGGGCAGGCCAACCAUCACACAGACAUUAAUCCUAUCCACUAGGAACAAGUCUAAAACCUCAGCUACAGCCCCGAACCCCCACCCACCACAACCUCUGCAUUUUGAGGGUUACCAGCUGCACACGCUGCCCCCACCCCUCAAAGAAAAAAUAAAUAUAAAAACCUCAAAGGCCUGUGAGGCUGUUCUUUAUACAGUAGCUAAAGUAUAUUUUUAUAGACCUAUUAACGCAUAAAUGUUCGAUGCUCUUGCUUUUUUACCUGCUUCUUUUGCGCUCGCUGAAAGGUUAAUUUUGCUCAUAUCAUGCACCGUUUCAAUGGUUUUCUGUAGUGUAACGGUACUAAACUGACCAUAGUGGUUUAAAUUUUUUUUUUUUUUUUAAAAAGGACACAUGAGCAUUAUCUGACUGUCAUUGCUACGAACGAUUGUUUCACUUGGCAGAUGGACUGAAAAGUAAACCAAAUGUUGUCUGUUUCACAUGUGGACAGAGUGCUGAGCAUUUGCUGCACAUUACGUAAAGAAACCGAGUCAUGCGGUCACCAUGAUGUCCAAAAAGACAGAAAUAUGCAAGCAGGUAUAAUAUUUGUUUGUUUUGUUGGAAAUAAAGGGACUGUUAAUAUUCUCUCAUCAGCAUAGUUUUCAUAAGAAUGGGACUUAUGGAGAGCACGGAAUACGACAUGAUAGUGAUGUAGCCAUAUGAUCAAGUCAGAGAAUAAACUACAGUAUCGAUCAUUUUCUCUUGAAUGAUCAUGUAAUAAUCACUGUGAUAGCGGUGAGGCAGCUCAGGACCAGGCAAAGCUUUAGAGUGUGUGUGGCAUCCCUUCUGGUCCACUUUUUAAUGUUUAUUUAACUUUUUAAAAUGAAGACUUCAAAUUAAAUAGCGAUAAUUGUGUGCUUCAGCACCGUUUUGCAUGUGGAUAUUUCGUACAUUUGUGUUUUCCUUCUUUUGUCUGCAGAGCAAAGUUCAGCGGCCGCGCUGUGCGAAAAAGUGACGACUUGUAGCGUUUUCUUUCCCCGUUGAGGGGGGGGGGGGACUGGCAACCUUGAAGGGAACAAUCCUUGGCAUGGUUUCCAAGAUGUCACAACGUGCCUCAAAUCUUUAUUCAAAUAACUGUGGGCUUAUUGCAGGCGGCAACAAUUGCAAUUUCAAGAAUCUCUUGGUUUGUUUGUUCAUUCAUGUCUUAAUGCAUUUACUAUAAGGCCAAAAUUCCUCUGAUUCCCAGAUGAAUACACAUCUGACCUUGAAACCUAAUCUUCUCAUCUUGACCGCAGCUCCUUGUUCUUUCCCAGGAAUGUCAGUUCAUUAGCAUGAAGACCACAGUGCACUGUGUUUUACAGUAAGACGAUGGAGAUCCACUCCACUGACAGGUGGAGUAAUCGCAGCGCUGUCUAUGCACUUUGUCCUCUGUCGUGCCAGAGGGUAGAAUAGCCAUAUUAAGGUCAGAGUAAUUCUCAGUGAUCCCCUGUCUACACACACCAGCAACAGACCUCACUGUGUUUGGCUUUAUGAAGAGACUGUGCCUGGCUUGCAUCACGUUGAAACCAGGAGGGUUACAUUGCAAGGCUCUAGUUAAGGACCAAGCAUCAUUUCAUUUGUGCUCUCGUUGUUGUUUUUCUUCUCAAAGAUGAAGACAGUGAAAGUUUAUAUUUCCAUUCCCUUUUUGAGUGCAUUUGUAUCUUUUAUGUCUUUUUUUUUUCUAAUGUUGGACUUAAAUUCUCAUGAAAAAAAGGGCUUUGUUGCACCAACCUUAAGUACUGAACCUUGCCUUAUAUCUGGCCGUCAAACCACCCUUUGUACAUUAAGUUUCUCCAAAUCCUUUGCAUGUGAAAAUGGAUCAACAAUCUAAAAAGUAUGUUCAACUGGAAUGAAUAAAAACAGAGUAAAAUGUAUUGACAGGGGAUCUUGGUUUGGAGAAAAGAUCUUUGAAAAGUCAGAUGUGCAGCAUGAAUGUGCGUGUGAGAGUAUUCUGUGCGCUGGAGAACAAAACUCUUUCUCCCCACGGAUGUUUUAAAUGUAUAAUUUUAAAUAUUGUACAUAAUAUUGUUCAUUUUCUAUAAUCCUGGAUAUGUAACGCAACCACCUUUCUAUUCAAAGGGCGUAUGAAUGUGUGGUACGUUUGUAAAUAAUGUUCUUUUCGCACUUGUUGCCUUUUGUUGUAUUUCAAGGCUUGCUCCAGCACUUGUUAUAUAAUGAACAUCAAUGCCUGCAUCACUUUGUACAUUUUUUUGUUUGUUUUUUGGCGUGUCGUUUAUUACAUGGUUACAUUUUAUUUGACAUUUGUACAGGCGUCUAAGCAUAUUGUUGCUGUUACAUUAUGAUAUAAAAAAAUAAAGCACUUGUUCUGUAAAA